AUGAUGACUGAACCCGCUGCACCCUCCACAACCGAGCUCUUGCGCUUCAGUGACGCUGCCGUUGCCAGCGGAUACCAACCACUGGACGAGUCGGAUAGCUACAACAAUGACGGCGGAUACCUCCCACGACGACGCCUGGGACAACUCGGUGGUGGUCGAAUGAUUCCUUGUCGCAGAACAUCCAGCAACAUUAUCCAAUUGACCAGUGUGCACGCUCGAUUCUCCCUCGCCAGUGUGGCCUCGAGCAUUACCUGUGGCGACUUUGACGACGAGGAGGACCAGUUUGGCGACGACGAAGAAGAGUUCGACAAUGACGACGACAAGGAGCUCUUGAUCAGUGACUUGCUCGUCGUCUCCAACGAACAGAAACGAGGCUCUCAAUUCAACAGCCUCAACGACAGCAUGCCCACGCUUCCUCUGCGACGAGACAGCUCCCAUGUGCGCCACGAUAAGGUCCCACAAAUGCCGGGACGACGAACCAGUACCGUCAGUUGCGAAGCAGCCAAACGAUCCAGCACCGCAAGAAGCAGUGGCACCCCCAAGUCGUUUGCCGUUGACUGCUGCGACGAUGAUACCACAAGACGCAUUAUGGCGACCAUGGCAUCCUUCCGACAACCUGCUACCCGAGUGGCGGCAUAG